AAUUAACAGCUGCUGACUAACAGCUCAGUAUCAUUUCCCAACAGCUAACCAAUCGAUAGUUACAAUGCGAUAGUUAAAUGUGGGUGACCAUAGACAACGAUAAAAACGUACAUCUCUAGAAGGUGGAACAUGCUAUAUUAAUUAAAGCUGAAAUAAAAAUGGGAAAAUCUCGCUGUUUGUUUCUUAGAUUAAAUAUCAUAACAUAUGACAGUCAUUGCUACGAAUUUCAUAACAUUAAAUCAGUACCAGAGCGUGGGGUAACCCGAGAGCAAUGCUUGGUAACUGCUGGCAACCGUGACCCCCAAACAUAAUGGAUCCAAAAUAUUGAUAAAGCGCAGUGCAUUUAACCAUUUCCACUGGAGCAGAUAUGAGCACUCACAUGGGCCGAACAUAUUUGAAUUCCUGUGUCAAAGUGCCUAUAGAUCCGUGCAAUAAUUGUCCGGCACCCGUCUAUAAUCGGCCCAAGCUUUGCAUGGGCAAGAAGACCAAGGUGUCGGCCUCGAGCUGCAAGCAGCAGGAUGCAGCAGUCGCAUCAACCUGGACAGAUCAGGCGGGCAUUAGAACACUGGCCAAGUUCUACGACAGCAUACCAGACUACUGUGAGGUGAAACAUCUGCACAAAGCCGAAUUCUACUCAACUCUAGAAAGCUUACGUACCACCAGCCGAGAGCUGCGCGCUCUGCCCACACACCCAGAACUGAAGGAAGCUCGCGCCAGCAGCAGCAGCAACUGCAGUGCAACCAAACCGCGGCACGUCAAAGGCAAGAAACUAAAGAAGAAGACGCCCCGCAUACCUCCGCUAAUCUUGGCAGAGCAUCCCAUCAUGCCUACUCCCCCCGACAUAACGCACAGUUCUAGCUGCCUCAGCGAUGAGUAUGAAAAGUGCGUGCGUGAUUUGAGCCGCAUCACAAAUUUCAAGCAGGAAUUUGCCCUUGAGGUGGCAGACUUUAAACGAUCUCUUAAGCUGUUCGAGAAAGAAUUCAAGCGCAAUGCCGAGCGGCCCAAAUCGACCAGUAGUAGCACGCAAGCCAGCAAGGCUGCGCCAUCAGCCAAGGUGCCAGCUAUGCACACCGCAGCACGCGCAAAAGUCCGCAGCGAAAUGCUGCGGAAAUGCUUUAGUGUGAAUGAUUUGAGUGCCAGCUCGACGCCAGCGCCCAAGUUGGAACUGCUAACGCUGAGCAACUAUUUUCCGACUAAAGAGGUACCUAAGUUACACAUCGAAUCCCCGCCGGCAUCUUCCAAACGUAGUAGCUGCAGCGCCGCUUCAGGUUCAAGUCGCGUUCGCCGGCGACGUGCUCGAACGGCGAAAGUAGCGGCAGUGGAUACGGACCAGCAACAGCCUGAGCUACUGAACAUCUUUGAGGUAGAACAGGUGCCAACAAAGCGCACAUCUAGUGUGUCCCCACAGCAUCCGGUGGCACGACCUAAUCUAGCAGCCACACUACGAGCCGAGGUUUCACGCAAAAAGGUCAAGGAGCUGCAGAACAACUGCACGUAUCACGAUCCCAGGCCACAAUUUGACUGGGAGGUGCGAAAAACGCCCGCCUGGAAAUCGCUUUCACUUAACGAGUCGCAUAAGGCACUGCUAUCCAUACGUCUAGCCACACGCAAGGCGGAGCAGGCGCUGCAGGAGCGUCAAUAUGAGCUGCACAUGCAAAUGAUGAAACAGCGUGUCAAGUCCGCGCCACUGCUGCUAGAGGGCCCCACCUUCUGGGGCCCAGAGGUUGGCAAGCUCAGCCACAGUUGCCGCAGUGAGGGCAUGCGACAUGCCUGUGAGAGCAGUCUACAACGCCGGAGUAAGCAGCCCAAGAAGAAGUGCAGUAGUAGCCGAUGCCCCACAGCCGUCACCGACGCAGAGGCCAAACUGCAACAGAUACGUAAAAUCUAUGGCUCUCCGCUCAAGUGCAGCUCUCGGCAAUCUCAGCGCUCCACCUCGCGUCGGCGCCAGGUGGAACAGACGCCCGAACCGCACGACAGCGGCGAUGAUUUAUGCAGCGUCGAUCGCGCCUUUCUGUAAACCAAAAACAACAAACACAAUACAAAUGACGUGAAACAUUUCUCUGA